AAGUGGCAUGUAGUUUGUCUAUGAUUUUUCCAUGGAUGUAUUAUAGAACAGUCUUUUACAUUACGAUAUCAGUACGUUUUUGUUUUUAGCCUUAAAGCUGACGGAUGUUGGGCAAGAGGCGGUGAAACCUACUUUGAUAACUGACGCUCUCCGGUGUUGUUCAGAAGGUGAUUGUGUGGAUAGUGUUACUUAUGACUCUUUCUCCACUAUGUCGGCCACAAUGACCACCAUUGUCCAUGACACUACAGAGGCAGUGUGCCUCUCCUCCGAGUACAACCUGUACCUCAAGCCCAUUGCUAAAAUGACCGUCAGUGUGGCCCUGCCCCAGCUCAAGCUGCCAGGCAAGAGUAUCUCCAACUGGGAGGUGAUGGAGAGGGUGAAGGCCAUGGUAGCUCCAGAGCAGUUUUCAGCCCUGCGGAUCUCCAAGAGCACCAUGGACUUCAUCCGCUUUGAGGGCGAGGUGGAAAACAGGACAGUGGUCAAGAGCCUGUUGUCCCGCUUAGAUGGAAAGAGCAUCAAACUGAGUGGAUUUACUGAUGUACUGAAGGUUCGUGCAGUAGAGAACAAAGUGGACUUCCCUACACGUCACGACUGGGACUCCUUCUUCCGUGAUGCAAAGGACAUGAAUGAGACUCUGCCGGGGGAGAGGCCUGACACCAUCCACAUGGAGGGAAUUCCUUGCCGAUGGUUUAGCAAGAAGGACAGCCCGUUCCCAGACCGGCCCUCUGAAGAGGUCCUCAUUGCGGUCUUUGAGACAUUUGGCAAGGUGCGGAAUGUAGAUAUCCCCAUGCUAGACCCGUACAGGGAGGAGAUGCUGGACAAGAACUUCAACACGUUCAGUUUCGGGGGUCAUCUGAACUUUGAGGCUUAUGUCCAGUACCAGGAGUACGGGGGCUUCACCAAGGCCAUGGACACCCUGCGCAGCAUGAAGCUGAUGCUGAAAGGAGACGAUGGGAAGGCCGUGGCCUGCAACAUCAAGGUGGCCUUUGACACCAACAAGCACCUGAGUGAGUUGGCCCUGAAGAGGAGGGGCCUGGAGAGGCUGAAGUUACAGGAGCUGGAGAGGCAGAGAGAAGAGCAGAAACGACGCGAGAAGGAAGAGGAGGAGCGGCGUAAGGAUGAGGAGAGGAAACAGAAGGAGCACGAAGAGGAGGAGAAGGAGAGGAGAAAGGAAGAGAGGAUACGAAAGCGAGAUCAGAAGGUGCGGGAGAAGGAAGAGAAGAAGAACAUGAAGAAGGUGAGGCGGCAACAGGAAGAGGAGCAGAAGAAGCUGCAGAUGAAGAUCGCCAUGGAGGAGAGGAGGCUGCUGCUGGCUCAGCGCAAUCUGGAGUCCAUCCGGCUCAUCGCUGAGCUGCUGGCCAGGGCCAAGGCGCUGAAGCAGCAGGAGCAGGAGAAAGAGCGGGCCGAGCGGGAGGAGCAGGAACGGAAAGAGCAGGCUCGACAGAAGGAGGAACUCGCGCGUCUUCAUCAGCUGGAGGCCCUCCGACGCAAGCAGGAGGAGGAGCUGCGGAGGGUGGAGGUGGAGAAGGACCGAGCCCUGGAACUCCAGCGGCGUGAGAAGGAGCUGAGGGAGAGACUGGUCUGCAACAUGAUGAAGAAGAGCAACGGGAAAAGCUCAAGAUCUCCUCUCACGCAGGAGGAGGCGGGCCCUGUGACCAGCGAGGAGGCCUCUGAUCCCCGCGGCGAUGAUGUGAUGCUGGGGGUCCUGAGCAGGGUGUAUGGAGUGAAGGCCGGCGAGAGCAAAGAAAAGCAGGGGUCCAAAUCGAGUGCCCAUUCACAUGUUUCAGGGAAAAAAAGAGCCGCAGAAGAGAGGAGGGGAGGGGAGGACAGGAAGAAAGAGCGAGAGAGAAGAAAGGACGAGGUGGUGGGGAGCAAGCACGGUAGGGAACAAGCGAAGGGCCACGAGCCCCCCCACAGAGAGAGGAGCUCCAACAGCCGGGGCCGGAGGAGGCGGAGCCACAGCAGCAGGAGGAGGAGGAGCUCCAGUCGUCACAAGAGGAGCUCCAGUCGGCACAGGAGGAGCGCCAGUCGCCACGGCAGCAGGAGGCGCAGCCACAGCAGCAGGAGCACCAGCUCCAGCCGGGACAGGAGCCGCAGCAGCAGUGGGAGGAGCUACAGCAGGGGGAAGAGCCACAGGCACCGUAGAUACAGCAGAGGCAGCUCCAAGGCCAGCAACAGGAGCAGAGAUAGGAGGAGCCACAGCCAUAACAGAUACAAGAGACACAGCAACAGCAGAGACAGGACCUGCUCCAGACGCUGCUAGUCCCGUCAGUGUUAAUAUUAUCACUGUUCAUUGAUUUAUUCUUGGCUGAAGUUCAACAAGCUUGACAAAAAAAAAACAUUAAAAAAAAAACCCAACAUAAUUCGAGUAUACCGUGUAAAUGUAAGCCAUGUCAAUUGGUGAAGUGGAUUCCACGGAAAUGCUUUUACCUUUUUAUUUUCUUCAUAUUUUAUACAUGAAACACCACAUUUACUAUUUGGUUUCUAAAAAAGUAUUCUUUGUAAAGCUUGAAAUACAUUUUAUCAACAUUUGGACUCUUAACUUCUAUAUUAUGUAUAAUGCUUUUAAUUCAAAUGUAGGGAACCAUUAUAAACAUAUCAAUAUUAAUUUCAUUGAGCAUUGGAAAUACAUUCUUUUAAUUAAAGGCUAAUAUCGUUAGCCCGCUGUAUAUGUAGAUUGAACACCAGUCUGACCUCCAUUUUCUGCGAGCAAGUGCAUGAAUAUAAUUGAUUUCGAGGAAGUAACAAGUCCAGAGAACAAAUUGUGUUCCUUAUUUUGAUGUGGUUCGAUCAGUUUGUCCACAUAUUACUUGCGAAAAUACACACACUUUCAGACCUCGUUGCUGCCAUAGUUGUGGAAGACUUUAAUGUGGACUACAGGCUGCUGCUCCUUUACAAAUGUGAAGUUUCCCCAGACCAUAAAAAAUGUUCCUCGAUGUUUACGCUGACCUACGUCUGCCUGAUGUGUUAGCUGCCUGAAAUAUGUCUUGGAAUACUGCUUGAGUAUUGUCUGUGUUGCUGGUGAGCAGCUCAAAGACUGAUUUAUUUUAGUUUCAUUUUAUAUUUUUUAAUGUGUGAGGGUUAAUAUAAUAAAUGCGAUAUGAUGACGCAACCAAAUUAAAUGAUAUGUUAGGAUGUAACUCCUUCUUUUAACUUCACAAUGUAGUGCUGGAUACAUUUAUUAAACCUUAAUAGUAACGGCAAACAGUGCAUUUUUUUGGUGUUAUUUGUAUUGUUUUAUGUCUUAUAUAACUAUGUUGCAAUGUUGGAGGAGCUCGGGACUUUUCAUUGCCAGGCAUUUCUACACUGUAGCUGACAUUAAAGCCUUUGAAUCUGAACCUCACACCGUUCUUUGCUAUUUUUCAGCUCUGGGGAGGAAAGUCCCAACAGUUUUGUUGACGCUGCUACAUUGACAUUGUUACUCGACAUUGCAAAGCCCUCUUGUUAUGUGUACUAUGUUCUCAUGAUCUACUAGAGCAUGCGUUGCAUACACAUUGUUAAUAUUAAAGUCAAAAGAAAACUCGA